AUGGAUUUCUUAAAAGUUCCAUCUUUCGGUUGGACUGGACUGGAUCAAAAAUUUGAUGAAACAUUCAAUCAAAUUUAUCAUAAUAGUUUACAAAAUUAUUAUUCAAUUAUGAAUAGUUUAUCAAAGUGUACAACAUUAUCUGAAUCAACUGAUAGUCAAUUAUGUUUUAAUUCAAAUUCCACAACAACAACAACACCGACUACUACUACUACUAUUACAACAAAAAUGAAUGAUAAUACUACUUUUAAUGAAAAUAGUAGUAUUGAAACAAAUUUGAUUCAUUUUAAUAAAGAUUUAUCAUUAAUGAAUGAACAAAAUGAACCAAUCAAUUUAUGUAUUCGUGAUCAAUUUAAAUUAGAUUUAAUGCAAUAUACUAAUAAAAUGAAAAUUAUUAGUAAUAUAUAUUGUGCUAAUAAUAUUCAUAAUCCUAAUCGGAAUAAUAUCGAUUAUUUUGGUAUGAAUCAUUUUAAUGGUAAUAAUAUAAAUGACAAUUAUAAUAAUAAUAAUAAUAAUAAUUCAUUUUAUCUUACGGAUUUAACUAAUAAAAUGAAUAUGAAUUUAUAUGCUACAACCAAUAAAAUGAUGUCAGCAGAGUUGAAAUUAUUACCAGACAGUUUAAACCAAUUUCUUAUGAUGAAUUAUAAUAAUAUACAACAUAAUUUUGAUUAUAAUUCUGCUAAUAUUAUUAGUACUAGUACUAGUACUACUGUUAUUGAUAAUAAUAAUAGUAAUAAUAUCCAAGGUAGUUCAAUGUAUUCUAUAAUACGUACACCUUCGCCAACAGUUCAACAAUCUCAUUUUGAUAAUGAAUUUUUAACAUCUACACCAGUAUGGCGUAAUAGGCCUACAGAUGAUAUAGAAACAGUAAAAAUUGAACAAGAAAAUCUUAGAGAACAACAGAACGAAAAGGAAACAUCAAUAAAUGAAGUUGAGAAAAUGAAAUGGAGAAAAUAUUCACGACAAAUUAAUCGUUUAUAUUAUUCACGUAAUAAAAUUGUACAUACACAACGAAAAAUUCAUCGAAAAUUAAAAAAUCAUUCUGAUAGUAAUAAUAUACAGAAAAACCUAAUUAACGAUGAAGAUGCUAAUGAUACUAAAGACAAUGGUAUUAUCACAUGUCGUACAAAUACUAGAUCAAUUUGUAGGAGACGUCGUGUAGGUUGGCGUGGAACAACAAUAUGUGCAGCAUGUGGGUUAAUGUUUGAAGGAAUGAAUCAACUUAACACGCAUUAUUCACAUGUACAUGGAAGUCUUCUAGAAUCAGAAUGCACUUUUGCACAAUAUUCAAAUAGUAAAACAUCUAAAUUACUAUUUCAAGCUCAACUUGAUCUUUUAAUAUCUGAAAAAGAAUUACAAAAUAAUUCGUUAACAUCUACUACUAAUGAAAAGAAUUUUAUCCCAACAACAUCAAUCUCAUUAACAACAUAUAAAGAAAAUCAUUUUAAUAUUUCAUCAAUUAAUUCAACUAUUAAUCAUUCUAUAAAUAAAUCAAUUGAUCAAUCAAAUCAACAAAUUAAAAGUUAUCCAUGUCCAAAAUGUAAUUAUAUAGCUAAAUGGCCAACAGAAUUACAAAAACAUGUUAUGGUUCAUGCAAAUUCACGACCAUUUAUUUGUUGUGUAUGUACAACUAGUUAUAAAUGGAGUUGGGAUUUAGGUCGACAUUUUACUAAUUCACAUCCUAAUUUACCUAAUCCAUAUAAACGUCAACGUAUUCAUAAAACAAAUUUUAAAUAA